AUGGCCGCUAAGUCAGACGGGAGACUGAAAAUGAAGAAGAGCAGCGACGUGGCAUUCACCCCGCUGCAGAACUCGGACCACUCGGGCUCCGUGCAGGGAUUGGCUCCAGGCUUGCCGUCGGGGUCGGGAGCCGAGGACGAGGAGGCUGCCGGGGGAGGCUGCUGCCCGGACGGCAGCGGCUGCUCGCGCUGCUGCUGCUGCUGCUCCGGGAGCGGCGGCUCUGGGGGCUCUGGUGGCUCGGGCGGCGGCGCUGGCGGCCCGGGUGGCGGCAGCGGGGCGGGCUCGGCGGCGCUGUGCCUGCGCCUGGGCAGGGAGCAGCGGCGCUACUCGCUGUGGGACUGCCUCUGGAUCCUGGCCGCGGUGGCCGUAUACUUCGCGGACGUGGGCACGGACAUCUGGCUCGCGGUGGACUACUACCUGCGCGGCCAGCGCUGGUGGUUCGGGCUCACACUCUUUUUCGUGGUGCUCGGCUCGCUUUCAGUACAAGUGUUCAGCUUCCGCUGGUUUGUGCACGAUUUCAGCACCGAGGACAGCGCCACGGCCGCUGCCUCCAGCUGCCCGCAGUCUGGAGCGGAUUGCAAGACCGUGGUCAGCGGAGGGUCUGCAGCUGGGGAAGGCGAGGCUCGUCCUUCCACGCCGCAAAGACAAGCAUCCAACGCCAGCAAAAGCAACAUCACCGCCACCAACAGCGGCAGCAACAGCAGCGGGGCCACCCGGGCCAGCGGCAAACACAGGUCUGCGUCCUGCUCCUUCUGCAUCUGGCUCCUGCAGUCACUCAUCCACAUCUUGCAGCUCGGGCAAAUCUGGAGGUAUUUCCACACAAUAUACUUAGGUAUUCGCAGCCGACAGAGUGGGGAGAAUGACAGAUGGAGGUUUUACUGGAAAAUGGUGUAUGAGUAUGCCGAUGUGAGUAUGCUGCAUUUGCUAGCCACCUUUCUGGAAAGUGCUCCACAGCUGGUCCUGCAGCUCUGCAUUAUCGUACAGACUCAUAGAUUACAGGCCCUCCAAGGUUUCACAGCGGCAGCCUCCCUGGUGUCCUUGGCUUGGGCCCUGGCCUCCUACCAGAAGGCCCUGCGGGACUCUCGAGAUGACAAGAAGCCCAUCAGCUACAUGGCCGUCAUCAUCCAGUUUUGCUGGCACUUCUUCACGAUCGCAGCCAGGGUCAUCACAUUUGCCCUCUUUGCCUCAGUUUUCCAGCUGUACUUUGGGAUCUUCAUCGUCCUUCACUGGUGCAUCAUGACCUUCUGGAUCGUCCACUGUGAGACAGAAUUCUGUAUCACCAAAUGGGAGGAGAUUGUGUUCGACAUGGUGGUGGGGAUCAUCUAUAUCUUCAGUUGGUUCAACGUCAAGGAAGGCAGGACACGCUGCAGGUUGUUCAUUUACUAUUUUGUCAUCCUUUUGGAAAACACAGCCUUGAGCGCUCUCUGGUACCUGUACAAGGCUCCCCAGAUUGCAGAUGCAUUUGCCAUCCCAGCGCUGUGCGUGGUGUUCAGCAGCUUUUUAACCGGCGUUGUUUUUAUGCUGAUGUACUAUGCCUUCUUUCACCCAAACGGGCCCCGAUUUGGGCAGUCACCAAGUUGUGCUUGUGAGGACCCCGUCGCUGCCUUCUCUCUGCCUCCAGAAGUGGCCACUAGCACCCUGCGUUCGAUCUCCAACAACCGCAGCGUCGUCAGUGAUCGUGAUCAGAAAUUUGCGGAGCGGGAUGGGUGUGUACCUGUCUUUCAGGUGAGGCCCACGGCCCCGUCUACCCCAUCAUCUCGCCCUCCACGGAUUGAAGAAUCGGUCAUAAAAAUUGACCUGUUCAGAAAUAGGUACCCAGCAUGGGAGAGACACGUAUUGGACCGCAGCCUUCGAAAGGCCAUUUUAGCCUUUGAAUGUUCCCCGUCUCCUCCUAGGCUGCAGUAUAAAGAUGAUGCCCUUAUUCAGGAGCGGUUGGAAUAUGAGACCACUUUAUAAAAUAAAAGGACUUGCAGGAGCCACAACAUCCAGAUGAAGGGGUGACAGCAGGGCUGUGGCAAUAGUGACGCUUCAUCUUACAGUAGGGCAACAAGCUGUAAUGUUCUUUGUCUGCCCGUCAUCCUGAUUAUGGUUUGAUCUUCCAUCAGCUA